AAAGCAGUAUUUCCAUUGCCUUCAUUAUUAUCUUUACAUAAUUACAAAAAAAUAUUUCCUGUAUUAUUUUCCGCCGUCGAUUUAGCUUACCAUAAAAAAAUAUUUCCACAAAUCCUCCUGCUGACACCAAAUCCCACUUUUUCUCUCUCUAGAUGUCACUCUCUUUCGCUCUCUAGGAUUUUUUUCCUUUCUCUCUCUCUCUCUCUGUGGCUGCUCAGUGUCUGAAAGUCACUCUCUUUCCACUCCAACGGAGGAAAAGGAUCAACCAUGCUGUCCCCAACCCCGCUGUCUCUUUUAUGUGCUCUGCUCCUCUGCUUGCCUUUAGCCGUUAUUAUUACAAUCAAUUCUCCGGCGACCACCACAACCACCACCGUCAUCGACGGUUCCGGAGACAACCCAGUCCCGGAUUUUGUCCCUGCAGCCAAAACCCACCAAAGAUUCUCCUUUAAACCACCGCCACUUCCGCUAGAAGAUGACAAAUCACUGUUCCGAGUCGCUGCCCGAGUCAGCUCCAAGCCCCUUCCUGGGUCUCCUAAAAAGAUUGCAUUUUUAUUCCUGACCAUAACGCCUCUCCCUUUUGCGCCCCUCUGGGAGCUUUAUUUUAACCAAACCCCUAGAAACCUCUUCAAUAUUUAUGUCCAUGCCGACCCAACUUACCCAUACGACCUGCCGUUUUCAGGCGUGUUCUCUAACCGAGUCAUCCCUUCGAAACCCGCUCUCCGUUUCACCCCUACUCUCAUCUCUGCUGCGCGGCGGUUAUUGGCUCACGCGCUGCUUCAUGAUCCAUCAAAUUACAUGUUUGCCCUUUUCUCCGCCACUUGCAUACCCAUUCACUCGUUUAACUUCGCUUACAAAACCCUAACUCGGUCCAAGAAAAGCUUCAUCGAGAUUCUGAACAACGAGAUUGGGAGUUACGACAGGUGGGCGGCGCGUGGGCCGGAUGCGAUGUUGCCGGAGGUUAAGUUGGAGGAUUUUAGGAUUGGGUCCCAGUUUUGGUCCCUGACACGUAAGCACGCGAGGCUUGUCGUUGGCGACCAGAAGAUUUGGGCCAAGUUCAAUCAACCGUGCGUGGUAUGGGACACGUGUUACCCGGAAGAAAAUUACUUUCCCACCCUCUUGCACAUGCGAGAUCAACGUGGCGUUGUGCCUGCCACUCUGACCCACGUGGACUGGAACGGCAGCUCCGAUGGUCACCCCCGCAUGUACGAGGCAUCCGAGGUGGGCCCCCAGUUGAUCAUGCAGCUUAGAAAGGACAAGCCUAGAUACGGGGACGACGGAACCAACGACUCCGAUUCGUCCGUGAUGCAGCGGCGUGACCCGUUCUUGUUCGCUCGGAAGUUUUCCCCAGAUUCAAUCCAGCCCUUGUUGAGUAUAGCUAGUGACGUCAUUUUCAAAGAUUAAAGGAUUUUUGUUUAUGAGGUCGUGUGAAUGGUAUUUUUGUAAAUUUCCUUCUUUCUACAUUCUAACAUAUAAAAAGGGAAAAAAGCUGGGAAAGAACCCAGUAAUUUUGUUUC